AUGGUUACUUCUCCAAAACUCACCAAAACUGAGGGACUUCCUUUCUCAGACCCUACACUAUACCGUAGCACCAUUGGGGCACUUCAAUAUCUAACACUUACUCGCCCAGAUAUAGCCUUCUCUGUAAAUAAACUAACUCAGUUUCUAGCUUAUCCUACUGAUCUUCACUGGUUAACCUGCAAACGCGUGCUUAGAUAUCUCAAGGGCACUUCCACUCUUGCUCUCCAGUUCACACCAUCUUCCCAUCUUCGUUUGGUUGGAUUUUCUGAUACAGAUUAUGCUAGUUGUCCCGACGAUCGCCGCUCCACUGGAGGCCAUUGUGUCUUUUUUGGAGAUAAUCUUCUCCUUUGGAGUUCUAAAAAGCAGCCUGUUGUGUCUCGAAGCAGCGCGGAAUCUGAGUAUCACUCUCUGGCAAAUAUCACUACUGAGCUCAUCUGGAUUCAGUCUUUUUGCAAGGAGAUUGGUCUCACUAUUCCUACGAUCCUCAUCAAGUAUGGUGUGAUAACACAAGUGCAGUUGCCUUGUCUGCAAAUCCGGUCUUUCACUCUCGCACCAAACACAUAG